AUGGGCGUGUGGCCGGGUCACCCCCAAGCCCCAGCCCGCCUGGCCCGUCCCGGCGCCAGCAUGUUGCAGAGCCGGCCGCUCCUGUCUGCGGCGCUUGGCGACGCCCCGCCGCCUUCUUCGACGGCCAGGACCCGCUUCGACAUCGACUCUCUGCUGGCCAAGCCGGAGCCGCCCCGUCGGAGCUCCGAUGUGCCGAGCGCUGCCUGGGUCACCGCCGCCCUCUCCUCCCCGGGCGCCCUGCGCUUCGGCUGCGCCCUCCGGGUGAUGCCCGUCCCCGCCGCCGCCUGCCUGGGCGAGCGGCCGCCCGCGCUUCUGCUGCUGCCGCCCCGCCAGUGCGCCCAGCCCGGCUGCCGGAGGCAAGGUGAGCACCAAGAGACCUGCGCGCGUGGACGGGCAGCAGCGUGGCGGGCCCCGUUUGUGGCCGUGGCCUGCGCGCUUGCUUGCUGGUUCAAGACCCCUCUAGGGCUCUUCUUCACUGUGCCCCCCUCCCUGCUCCGGGCUGCCUCUGCCGCCACUCUUGCUUGUGCUCUGUGGGCUGCAGGAGGUGCCAGCGUGCAGCAGGUCCCUGAAGAGGAAAAAUCAGGGGGCCCCUGCAAGAUGAAGAGGGUCCGCACGGUCUUCACUCCGGAGCAGCUGGACCGCCUGGAGAAAGAAUUCCUCAAGCAGCAGUACAUGGUUGGCAGCGAGCGUGUGGACCUGGCUGCCACUCUGCACCUCACAGAAACCCAGGUGAAAGUCUGGUUUCAGAACAGGAGGAUCAAAUGGCGGAAGCAGAGCCUGGAACAGAAGGCAGCAAAGCUCUCGCAGUUUGGGGCAACACAGCUGACCCCACCAGGGCAGCCAGAAGAGCAGGACAGUGAGAAGGCGGUUCGUGAGGAUGACAAGAGCGAUGUGGACAUUGAACUCUAG